GUAUUACUAAAAUAAAAUAGUGAAUAAAAAGUAAAAUGGCUAAAAUAUUAAUAAAAAUGCAAAAUUGUAAAUUUCUUAAUAUAAAUCCUUAUCGUCGAGCUUUACUAAACCCUUUGCGUUGUCUGCACAUUAAAUCUGAUGCUAUAGUAAUAGCUGCUGCCGCCCGCACACCAUGGGGUAAAUAUCAGGGUCAAUUGGAUGCAGCCUCUGGUUUGCAAUUGGGUCAAUUGGCUGUGGAGGCCGCCGUUAAACAAUCUGCAGUACCUUUAGAACUUAUACAUGAAAUCUAUAUGAAUGAAAGGCCCUCAAUGCAACAUGAUGUUGGCCAAGAGUUUAUUUUUAGUAAUUUUCUUAAGAAAACUAAAUAUAUGGGUAUAAGCGUGGGCAUACAAGAUGAACCUCAAAUGGAUAGUUUACUUAAGGCUUUUGAUUCUUUAAAAUCUCAAAAAUAUGAUGCAGUUGUCAUGGGAGGUUUGCAAUCUGCUACACACCAGGAAUCCUUAAUAGACCAAAGCCAGACCAUAUCUCAAAAGGAACAACUUUUCCCAGAAGUUUCAUCCGAAGUAAUAGAAAGCUAUAUAUCUAAAAGUGUCAUGCGCUAUCUUAAAUCUCAAGCGGAAGGUAUGUUUGAAGCUGAACUUGUACCUCUAGCAUUGCAGCAACCAGGCGGCAAUAGAAGAUUUAUAAAAGAAAUAACCCAGGAUGAAAUUUUUCCCGAAAAUUGUAGAGAAGAUAAUAAAACUUUUCAAUAUAGUGAUGGUGCAGCGGCCCUAGUACUAACCUCAUUAGGUAAAGCUCAAGAAUUGGAGUUAUUUCCACUAGCUGUUAUAACUGACUUUCAAUAUGAACACAACACAUCAAAUAUUCUCUCCGGUGGACGUGAAUGUGUUGAAAAACUUUUUGCUAAAACUUCACUUAAACCUCAGGACAUAAAACAUUGGGAAAUUGAAGAUUCUAUACCUCAACUGGUAGUUUAUCUAAAACAUCAUUUCAAUCUAAAUUUCGACUUGAUAAAUCCUCAUGGUGGUUCUUUAAUAUUAGGACAUUCGGCUGCUGCCUCUCUAACACGUUUACUUACCCAUCUUACACAUUCUUUGCAAACCUCAGAAUAUGGUUGUCUGGUAUCGGCCAAUUCACAAGAAUCUUUGUCUCUCAUCAUACAAAAAUUGCCCUCGUUUUCUCCUUCUGGAAAUUUGCCUCUUAUUACUUUAUUUACCAAAGACCCUUGCCCUUUGUGUGAUAUUUUACUUGAAGAAUUGGAACUCAACUUUGCUGGUGAAUAUGAAUUGGAAAAGGUUUUUAUAGAUACCAAAGAAAAUUUGCGUUUUUUACGUUUAUAUCGUCUAGAUAUACCUGUUGUUUUUCUUAAUAAACAAUUUCUCUGCAUGCAUCGUUUAAAUCAUAGAUUAUUAAGAAACAAAUUAAAUUUAUUUAAAAACUAA